UCUUCGAAAUCGUCAAUGCAGACUCUGUCAUAGAGUCCGCCGGCGCACGAUUAUAUUUGCGGACUGCGGACGUCGUUGAGGCCCACGCUGUUGGUGGGCGGGGAUUACAAUUUUUUCAGUGCUAACGGCUCACGCACGCCUAGGGAUAACCCAAUGGCGAUAGCCUUAAAAGGCGAAGCCUAUACGACAUAGAACAGCCAGCAACGUCAGUCUGCAUUCGAAGAUAAGGUAAGUCAUGUUGAACCUAGCUGCUAUCCUAGCUGCUAUUAAAUGCUGGAACAAAUUUCGACGGAUAAAUAUGUUAAACUUAUUGUUGAAAUUACAGUAUACACAUGUUAAACUCAAUGUUGAAAUUACAGCCCGACGCGAUUCCCAUUUAAACGAAUGGCGCAGCAAUUAGCCUUGAAAACGAGAGCUGGUAAUUCUUAAAAAAUGCAUUAAAAUGUGAGAAGACGACUCGGUUAUAUGCUAUAGACCAUAGUGUGCAUUUGGUAUAAAGGCUCGGUCGAAUUUGGAAUUAUAAAUAUGUAAAACGAAUUGUUGAAAGUACGGAGCGUCGCGCUUCCCAUUUGGCGCGGCGAUUAGCCUUGAAUACGAGAGCUGGUAAAUCGUAAAAAAUGCAUUAAAAUGUGAGAAGACGACUCGGUUAUAUGCUAUAGACCCUAGUGUAUAUGUGGUAUACUGGCUGGGACGAAUUAUGAAAUUUUGCCGGUCGCUAAAGCUGAUGCUUGAAGGACAAGGGUAGGUUUAUCAGGUGAUGUAGCCGUCUUUGUAGGUGGUAGAUGCGCCGUCCUCACUCACGUGUUGGUAAUGUGGAUUUGAUGAAACUCAGUCCACUUCCCUCAGCCCUGCUGCAUCUCUUAACAGUCGCCUUGUAGCACACUUCUUAACGGUCGCCUUGUAGUUCUAAACCAUUUUAUCUAAUCAAUGGCAUGCUGCACGUCAUGAAUGCUCAGACUCACUUAGUCUCGCUUGCCUGUGUGUUGCCCCGUCACUAUCAUUGUGCUGAUGCCAUUUGCUUGUGCGUGACCGUGUCUGAAGCUGGCGUACAGGUCCUCCAGGCCCUCCCGCUGGUGACUCCUCCGUCUCCACCUCCUCCGGCACCGUCCUCCACCCCACCACCACCACCACCACCACAGGUUGCGGCCGCUCCCCCGAAGGUUGGGCUUCCUACUCAGGUUCCGGCGCAGACCAGGGUAGAGCCUCGUGGCGUCUCCGUUGAGGAGACGCCGUGCGGGGGGGCUACCAUGGCGCCGGAGCCAAAGAAGAAGAGGAGGAAGAUGACGACGGGCGACGUGGAGCAGCCGGCAACACCCACUCCUGCUCGGGCUGAGACCCGGUUGCCUGAGGGCUGGCGGACAGCCCUCAACGGGGAAGAGCAGGAGCUGAACAGUAGGACCCUCAAGCGGUGGUUUACCUGGUCGCAGCGAGCGAAGGAGAGGGCUGUGUUGACUCCAGGCGUUGCAGCAGACGGAGGACGACCACCGGCGGCGGCCGCGGCGACAGCGCCGGGCCCGGCAUCAGCGGCGGCGGUGGAUCGUCCGGCGGCGGCAGCAACAGCGACGUCGGCGGUUCCUCGAGGCCGGGCGACGACAGCGGCAGCGAGGGGGGCGGCGGUAGCCCCGGCAGCGGCACCGGCUGUGGCAGCGUCGGUGCCUGCUCUGCCGGGGCCUGCUCAGCCUGCCCCCUCGGCUGCUUACCCGGCCUUCCCGCCGACGGCUGCUGCCGCAGCUGCAACUGGGCCUUUAAGAGCAACACAGCCUCUCCUUCUGGACCUCUCACCGCCCCGGCAGAGUGUGUGGGUGCUCCCCCCACCCCCCCCCCUCCUGGCGCUCCCUCGGACAUUGCCGGCUCCACACGUCCUCCCUCCGCCAAUGGCCGCCGCACAGCACGCCGGCCCUGAGCUGCCUGUACCUCGCGGUACAGAAUACCAGAGGAAGCAGACCGCCAAGCGGAGGGCGGCGGCACAGCCGGGCACGACCCUCUCUUCCCGGGCCGGCGUGCCACAGGCGCAGAAGUGCAGAAAAUGUGGCCAGCCGAGGCGGAGGGAGACCGGACACACCCGCCACCGCGGAGAACAUUUCUGUUCCGUCGCGGCGGGUAAGAGUGUGGAGGACUGGCUGAGGGAGAAGAAGGAGCGGGACCAGGGUGGAGCCCCGGACUGAUGCGCACUCUUGCCGGGGUUGGUGUUGUACAUAGUUCUCUUUUGUAUAUAGUGGUUUUUGUGUGUGUGUGUGUGUGUGUGUGUGUGUGUGUGUGUGUGUGUGUGUGUGUGUGUGUGUGUGUGUGUGUGUGUGUGUGUGUGUGUGUGUGUGUGUGUGUGUGUGUGUGUGUGUGUGUGUGUGUGUGUGUGUGUGUGUGUGUGUGUGGUUAUUUUGCAGUGUUGGUGUAUAUAGUUGUUUGCUGUAUAUAGUUGUCAUUUUGAAGGAUUAGUGUAUAUAUAGUUCUUUGUUUUGUUAGUGCAUACACACUGCCAUAUUUAUUUAUGUAUAUAUAUUAGUGGUGGGCCGUUAUCGGCG